AUGAAUGAUCAGGACAUACCUGUGGAAUCCCACACCGAUGUAUUGAUUAUUGGAGCCGGUCCGUCCGGACUCAUGGCUGCGUAUUGGAUGGCUCGGUGUGGUGUCAAGGCGCGUGUUAUUGAUAAACGGAGCACGAAAGUGUUCGUAGGGCAUGCGGAUGGACUGCGUCCUCGCACACUCGAGUUGUUUGAUAGCAUGGGAUUUCAGCAUCGUGUUUUGCACGAGGGGUCGAUUUCGACUGAAGCUAAUUUCUGGGUACCAGGUGAGAGCGGAAAGCUCACCCGAAAAGGUCCAUUCAACAUCUCCAGGGUUGAUGAGUCGCCUUACCACAAUACACGCUUGAACCAGGGCCGUAUUGAGCGGUUCAUUCUGGACAGUAUCCAGGAAUACUCUGAUCUGGAAGUUGAACGUGAUGUCCUUGCCGAGUCUCUGGAGUACGACCAGAACCUGGGGAAAGACCCGGAUUCAUACCCCAUCACGGUCAAGCUCCGCAAUCAAGGAGAGGAAGCUUCGAAUGUGCCGUGCGGUCAGAGCCAAUCUGGCUCUGGAAUUACUCGCAAUGAAUUGAAACAUCACGAUUUGCUUCCCGAUGACUGGGAUGAUCAGGCCCAGCAGAGGAACCGAAAGUCGAAGGUCGAAAUAGUCAAAGCCAAGUACCUCAUUGGGUGUGACGGCGCCCACAGCUGGACGAGGAAACAGUUAGAUAUCCCCGUAGAAGGCUCCAACACGGAUCAUAUCUGGGGUGUGAUAGACGUGUUACCUAUCAGCGAUUUCCCGGACAUCCGCCGCGUAAGCAUCGUCAGCAACACCGCAGGCACAAUCCUCAUAAUCCCACGUGAACGAGGCCUUGUCCGCUUUUACGUCCCAGUGCAUGUCUGCGAAGCAAGCUCGACCACCCGCUUCGACCGCUCGACAAUAACACCAGAAGUGAUCCGCACGCGCAUUCAAGCAAUUCUCUCUCCUUUCACGUUCGACUUCCAAGCCUGUAGUUGGUGGACGGUGUAUCAGGUGGGCCAGCGGAUUGCAAGCAAGUUCACGAAGGAGGAUCGUAUUUUCCUUGCAGGUGAUGCGGUGCAUACUCAUUCACCUAAGAUGGGGCUUGGUAUGAAUAUGAGUAUGCAGGACGGGUUCAAUGUUGGGUGGAAGAUCGCGCUUGCGGUUGCGGGAACUGGUAAGCCCGAGAUUUUGGCGACUUAUGAUCUUGAACGACACCCGCUUGCGGAGAUGUUGCUUGAUUUUGAUCGGCAUUGGUCGCCUAUGUUUACUGAUCAGAAGCCUCCUGGCGAAAAGGCUACCAAGGCCGCUGCUAUGUUUGAUAUUGCGGGGAAGUUUGAGGAUUUUGCUGAUGGGUGGAAAGUCUUUUACCCUGGUAGUUGUCUUGUUUGCAAGCCUGGCUCCGAGGCUGUUGCUCGAUAUAUUGUUCCAGGGGAGAGAUUGAAGCCAGUCAAGCUUCGACAUCAGGCCGAAGGUGGUACUAAGUGGACAACGAGGCUGCUAGAAAGUGAUGGGAGGUUCCGCAUACUCGUUCUGGCUGGCGACAUACGAAAUCCGAUGCAAAAGGGACGCCUUGAGACACUGUGUCAGGUUUUCGCUGGGCAGUUUACUUCGAAACAGUCUCCCUUGGAUCGCUAUGUUUCGAUUCCUGGUCGCUAUGACAGCCCUAUCGACGUCCUCACCAUUCACAGUGCGCCGUGGAAGGAAGCUGAAUUCUUUGACUUCCCGGAGAUUCUGCGUCCCUUCGACCCGGUCCGAGGCUGGGCCUAUGACAAAGUGUGGUGUGAUGACUCUUGUAUCUUUGACCGGUACUGUGAUGGAACAGCGUAUGAGAAAUGGGGAGUGGAUUGGGUUCUUGGAGCUCUGGUUAUUGUUCGCCCCGAUCAGUAUAUUGGAUGGGUUGGUGAAUUGGGAGAUGUGGAUGAGAUGACUGAGUACUUGGAUAAUAUACUUGUCAGAAAGUAG